AACAUAACAACUUUCUUAACCAACUGGAUAUACAAAACCAACGAUUUAUAGCCAGAUACCAAAGGCCCAACCAGCAAUACAACAAAGCAUUCAAACUAGUAGAAGAUAAAAAAUUACCUACAAGACAUUACCAAGAAGAAGACUACUUUUUUCAACUACAAUUCACAGGAGCACCAACAUUAUUCAAAACAGCAUUUGAAGCACUUGAACAAAUCUAUAAUGCAUACUAUAACAGUGAUGUAGGAAAAUAUUUUCAAAGCAACUAUGGCAAACCUGAAAAUAAAGAAGCAUUCUUUUCAGCAAAACAAAACUUAGCAGUAAUAGAUCUAGAAAAAAUAUUUGGCUUUAAAU